AUGCAGUUCACAUCCAUUCUCCUCCUUGCCAGCACAGCUCUCGCUGCUCCCUGGGCUCCUCAAUCUUCUGCCCACCAAGCCAGAGCUGAUAGCAUUGAUGACCAGCUUCCCCCCAUUGUACCAAUCAACACACGCAGUGGUGACCGAGAUCUUAUCUCCAAGAUCAUCACCGCCCCCACACAAGCCGAACGAGUCAAGCUCCUGAACCAACCCGGAGAUUUCGUCUUUGACUUCAGAGCCGCCACUGGAGCUGGAGAGUCUAAGGGAAAGGGUGGCAGAUCCGUUUCCGCUACCUCUCUGACCAUGCCCGCUCUUAUCGGCAAUGGUGCUUCAAUGACAGUUGCUUUCCUCGGUCCCUGUGGAAUGAAUACCGCCCACGUCCACAACCGAGCAACCGAGCUUAACAUCAUCGUCAAGGGCCGCCUAGUCACCAACUUUGUCGUCGAGAAUGGCGUGAAGCCCAUCGCCAACACCAUGGACACAUUCCAGAUGUCCGUUUUCCCCCAGGGUGCCAUCCACCAAGAGUUCAACCCUGAUUGUGAGGAUGCUGUCUUUGUCGCUGCUUUCGACAAUGUGGACCCUGGUGUCAGUCAGGUUGCCCAAAACUUCUUCUCUCUCAAUGGAGAUGUCGUCCAAGCUACACUGGGCGGUGUCCAGACCAUCGAUGGUAAGAACAUUGAGUCUUUCCGCGAACACAUCCCUGCCAACAUUGCUCUUGGUAUCGAUGCCUGCCUUAACAAGUGCGGUCUUAAGAGAAACGCAAAGCGCGACUUGAGUGAGCUGUUGAACUAG